UCCCCCUCCCCUCCCUCCCUCUCUCCGGCUAGUAAAUAAUCACAGCCAUUUUCUGUCCUCGGUGCCGUAUUCUGCGUGUGCAAUGACUUUGAAAAAGGACUACCUGUGUAAGUGCACUUUCCAGUUCCAAUCUAGGGGUUUUCUUCCCGUCCACUUUCGAACACCCGCCCCUUUCCAAAAGCACAGUGUAAGCGAACUUCUCACGUUCUGUAAGUAACCUAACCGCAAGCACAUUGUGCGAGGAAGGUCAUGCCUCCCGGCGUUCCUGGGGGUGGCGCGCGGCUCCGGAUGCGUCCGGCGCACGAUCUGCUAAGACCGCGUGGACGUUAAGGCAGGUCUCCUGCCCUGCUUGUCUCCACAGACCCCCCUAGCCCACUCGGAGGUUUUCCUAACAGACCUGUUGGACCAAGUGUGCGAGCGGAUGAACCACUACCAGCUGGAAGAAGAUUCCGUGACUCGGGAGAAGAAGUUUAAGAGAUUUGCUCCAAGGAAAGGAGACAGAAUGUACAAAGAAUUUAAAAAAUUCCAUUUUUAUUCUGAUGCUUACAGACCUUUGAAAUUCGCGUGCGAAGCUAUUAUAGAGGAGCAUGAAGACGAGAUAUUCUCACUUAUCGCCCAGGAGGCACACGACCUCGCUGACAAGCUGUGCAGUGAGAAAGCAGAUCUCUGUGGAGCCUCUGCUAACCUCGCAGAGCUCCUGGAUGGCACCUCUACCGGUUACUGAGGAGGAAAGUCACAGCCCACAGGUCAACGUCCGUGUUCCUAUCUUCACGUUUCCUCACGAAAACAAAGUUCACGUGUCUCGUUUAUACGGUGUUGUCGCACGUGUGACAUUGUGUUGAAAAUCUGUUGUUUGGUGUCGCAACAGACCCGAUUCUUUGGAUAGGGGAAGUUGAGGACUGCAUAAAACAAAUUACCCUUGUGGAUUCGGAUACAGACAGGGUCAGGAGUGAAGCGUUUAAGUGCCCAGGAAGAAAAAACGGAAGGCAUUUCAUAAAUGAAAUAAGGAUUUGAUAACAUACACAAUAUCUUAUGCACGUCUACAAGUAUAAUGUUCUAGUUGAUGAGAAAGAGCAUGAUUUGAGUUCUUAAAUGCUUGAUUGGUCAUGAAGGUAAGAAAGUAUAUUGCCACAAAUUCCAGAUUAUGUCUUCUGGGUUCUAUAAGGUGAUCGAUUAAAGACACAAAAUUUCUUUCCAUCAGGAAGGAGAUACAAAGUUCCAGAAACUUUCAGUUUAAAACGUAUUAAUCUCUAAAAUGUAACGGAAUGUGUGAAAAAAUAAUGAACGCUUUUCUCGCAAGCAAUAUGGUGGCCUUUCUUCCGCAUACCUUGUUAAUCCAGAUGAGUCAGAAAGUCACUGUACUGUUAUCUUGUGUGUUCCUCAAAGAUGGCACCAGUGACCGUGUUUUGUUUUGCCGCAAACUCUGUCGUGCGUGUGCGUCUCUGAAAAGACUUUCAGCUAACGCUUAGUGUGUGUAUUUUACCACUAACUAAUCUAUUGUCCUCCCAUUUGGGUGUGUUUGUAGGUGUGGAGACAGAGGGGAGGUGGGACCGGAUGAAAAAUUACUUUUGACCCCACUGAAUACCAGAACGUAGUCGUCCUAGUGCUAGGCUUGGAUAUUUCAUUGUCUUCGUUAAACCUACAGUCAGUGACAUCUGACUGUAAUCGUUGCCGAUCCCGGGGCAUAUGCUGUACCUUAUUCUGAAGAAGAGAUGCUCAUUGUUGGUGGUGAGAAUUUACUAGGCAGGGUGAUAUAAAGUCUGCCCCCAGAGAGCAAAAACCGUCCGCCGUGUGUUACGUCAUUGCCUGGAAAUCACGCUGUUUAAACCGCUCAGCUGAUGCUUUGGGAAGAGACAAUUCUGGAACUUAGGAAAAUUUACCAAAAUUAAGGAGAAGCGGUUUCCACUUUUUUCCUUCUUCCUCCCCACUUCUUGUCGUAAGUUCACACCACUUAUUUACUGGGGGAAGCGGAAAGGCACGUGGUGGUUGGACGUGCCGGCAGCUGGCUGCGAGUCUAGACCCUGCCCAGUGUAGCCCAGCGAGCCUGCACCACAGCUGACACAACACGGAAAGAGGAUUUCAGAAUAAGUAGCACCGUAUUGCAGUCAGGUAGCGAAAGUGUUGUUUAAAGCGCAGCCCGUACAUCCGUGUGUAAGCCUACCUACUUAAGAUUCGUUCAGCAUCUCACAUAGUCAUAAACGUUUCCCUAACGUGGGCCUUGUUGGUAAGUGUGCUGCCCGGGGACUCGAUUCCUUGCUGAGCACAUGGCAGAGGCCCUGGCAGGAAGUGCCCAGUGACACGGGAACUCUGUGAUCGUGUGGCAUUGUCUCCACCUCCCUGGCGGUCGCUACAAAUUCUCAGAGACAGACGCGGCCAGUGCUGAUGGCGCCGCUCAGGAGAAUUGGGGCUCCCGUUUCCAACCCGCACGAACACAAGAGGUGUGCCUUCUGUCCCCGAUGGGUGUCCCUCGUGGGUGUGGAUGCUUUUGCUUUGACUGGCGCGAACCACUCAUCUUGCCUCUGAUGGCGCACAUCUAAGGUUCCGCCGAAUACGGCUUUUCAGUUUUUUUCUUAUUUCCCGGUAAAAAAUAGGCUCGUCUCUUACAAGACUUUUGAUGCCCCACGACUUCUUUUUU